CGUAGCGCAAUCCUCGUCCUCGAUCUCGACAAACAACACACUUGUCUGUUAUCAACCAAAGACAAAGACGACAGCGGCUCUCAGUCCUUUCUGACUCUGUUUCAAACAAGAUACCCCCUGGCUGGACCUCUCGCAUCUGCCCACAAGCGCAGAACAAACGUUCAAACACAAUUCCACCUCCCAAGAACCAAUAGAGCAUUCUGAUAUAUAUCGUAUUACCUCGACCAUCACUCAUCAUGAAGUCUGUAUCUGUUGCUGCUGCUGCUGCCCUUCUGGCUGGCAUAUCCAGUGCUCAACCUCACGGCCACCAUGGGCACAACCACCUCCACGCCAAGCGCGACCUCGUCACUGAGUGGGAAACUGUCUGGGAGACUGUGACCGUUGUUGUUGACGAGAGCACCACUGAGACCCUCUACCCAGCCCAUACCACUGAGUCUGGCGCACCAGGCGAGUUCUAUGAGACUCCUAGCACCACCACCAGCACCCCUGAGCCUACGCCCACCGUUGAGACUUCCACAUCUUCGCAGGCACCACCGCCGCCACCCCCGACCACGGAGGCGACCACUUCAACUUCCACUCCGCCACCGCCCCCUCCGGCUCCCACGACCACCUCUACCCCUGAGCCUGCACCUCAGCCGGAGCCUGAGACAUCGACCUAUGUGGUUCCUACCCAAGCAGAAACUACCACUGUUAAUACCCCGGCCCCAGUAGACACCCCUGCGCCGGAUUCUGGUUCCAGCAACAGCGGUGCUGACGGAUUCGGCUCCUCUGGCUUGGACACCAAGGACUACUCGGGAGACAUCACCUACUACGAUCUGGGUCUAGGUGCUUGCGGCUAUGAUGACGGUAGCAACAGUGAGAAUAUUGUUGCUAUUUCCCACCUUGACUGGUACGCCCGAGGCCCCGGUACCAGCCUCGGUAUCGACAUGCCUAACCACGUCUGGUGCAACAAGAUGAUCACCAUCACCGCCAAUGGCAAGUCGACCACCGCCAAGGUCCACGACAUCUGCCCUAGCUGCGCAUCUGGUUCCAUUGAUGUCUCUAGGGGUACCUUCAUGGAUCUGUUCGGAAGUCUCGAGGCUGGUCGCACGGAAGCAUCUUGGACUUUCAACUAAAGCCCCUAUCCGUCAGUUAACAGGUCCUAGGCUAGGUCUUUUGCCUAAGCUAUGAAGCAC